GUUCUAUGUGGACUGCAACCAACCUGUUUUACAGAAUAUCAAAAUAUUUAUGAUAGUACAUUGCAGUGAUUGUUCAGUAAAAAGAAAUUAAAAUGGGCAGACAAACAAAUAGAUAAUAUAAGGUGAAUUGAAAACGGAAAGCAUAAAAGUCUUCAAAAAAUUGAGAUGUAUGAACAAGAGAGAAAUAUGGGCUCGAAUACCAUCUAAUGGCGAAGAGCAGGAAGCCUAUGCGACUUACAUUGAAAGCUGAUUCCUGAUCAUUCAGCUUCAUAUAUGAUCAUUCAAAGCUUUUGGUUAUAUUUGCGAGUCCAGUCGUCGCAAUAAUUCACUACGAUACUGAUGAGAUCGCAACCGAGCUAUAUAAGCAGUGGUUUGGGCGUAAAUUUGCAAACUUGUAAGGCGUCAUUGAACUGCCACGUGGUGGCGCAUUAAUUGUUGAAAUAGCGUGAUUUUGGGUGAGAUAUUCAGUUGUAUAGGACUCAUGAUGACUGAACAAAUAAAAGUAAGAAUAACAAACCAUUGCGCAAAACGUAUACAUAUGUACAUUUCGUGCCCAGUAAAGGUGUUACCAUCAAUAAUCAUUCGUGAAUGGCGAACCCCGAUGUUUUUGAAAUAAUGAAAUCGGCCGUAUGUUAAAAAGGUUGUUUUUAUAAUAUAAGAAAACUGAAGUUUGAAUUGGUGAGAAACUCGGGCGUUGACAACGUACAACCUUCUAACGAUAUUUUGAAAUUCACACUAAAGACCUCAUAUAUAAAACUACUUACAGUACUUUGUUUAUUAAUGUGUAAGCUUUUUAUGUGCAAUCUAUUUCAUAUUACUGUUUAGGUUGUUUCAGUAAAAAUGAUUGAGUUAGAAUAUAUGAUUGCGGGUAUAUUACUAGGAAUAUGCUCUCUAUUAUAUCUCUUCUAUUUACCCAUGACAAGACCUAAACAGUUUCCUCCCGGACCUCGCGGAAUUCCCAUAGUUGGAAGCGUUCACUUAAUAGGACAACAUCCGCAUAUAAGCUUUGCAAAAUUAGCCUCAAAGUACGGAGAUGUGUUCAGCUUGAAAGCAUUCAAUAAAUACUUUGUUAUAGUUAACGGAUAUCAAGCAAUUAAAGAAUGUCACGUCCAACAUGGAAAAAUAAUCAGUGGUCGUCCUCUGAAGUAUAUGGUUCGUCAUCUCAUGGGUGAUCAGCCGACUGGUAUUGUUAAUGAUUUGAGUUGCACCCCCACAUGGAAAGCCCAACGAAAAAUGUUCAACUUUGCCAUGAAAAAAAUGUCUGCGAAUCUUCGAAUCGAUGACAUAAUUAUGACUGAAGCAGAAUGUGUGGUGAACGAGUUGGAAAACAUGGCGAGUGCCGAUGAAGCUAUCGACUUAGCCAACUUACUUGAAUGUGGAGUUCUCAAUGUUAUUUCAGGUCUUUUGCUGGGGAAAAGAUUUGAUUUCAAUGACCCCAAAAUGAUUUAUUUUGUUAAAUUGAACCAAGAAUUCUUUAGGUUGGCAACAGUUGAAAGACCUACUGACAGUCUUCCUGAUAUAUUUCCAUGGAUAACGAAAUUUUGGAUCCCAAAAAAGAUAAUUAAAUUGACAGAGACAAUAAAGUGUAUCAUUGAUUUCUGCGCCGAGGAAGUUGAAGAACACAAAAAUAAGCUCGACCCAGAAAAUCCAGUCGAUUUUAUAGAUUAUUCCUUGAUAAAAAUUUCCCAAAAUUCCGAACUCACAGAAGAAGCUCUCAUAAACACUGUUACUGGAUUAUUUCAGGCUGGAAAUGAGUCGACAACUGCCACCUUGCGGUGGGGUAUUUUACUGUUAUCUAAUAACCCGGAAAUUCAGAAAAAAGUUCACAACGAAAUUGACGAAAUUAUUGGAAAUAAAAAAGCAGCAAAAUACAAUGAACGAUCAAUGAUGCCUUACACAGAAGCAACGAUGCACGAAAUUUUGAGAUUUGCUAAUGUUGCUCAUAUCGGACUACCAAGAGAUGCAGUGGAAGACUUCUACAUAAGAGGAUAUAAAAUUCCAAAAGAAACAACAUUCAUUUUGAAUCUUUAUUCUUCACACAUGCAGGAGGAUAAAUGGAAGAACGCUUCUCAAUUUGAUCCAACAAAUUUUAUUGAUGAGAAUGGUGAUUUUUUCAAACCUGAUGCAUUUGUUGCGUUUAGUGGCGGACCUCGGAUGUGUGUCGCGAUUUCACAAGCAAAACACGAAAUAUUCUUGUUUCUCGUUGCUAUAUUACAGAAAUUUUGUAUUAAACCAGAACACGAAGGGGAGGUUUACGACCUGACUCCACGUCCUGGUCUCUCAUUACUUCCAAAACACUAUAAAUUUCGUUUUAUAAAACGAUUUUGAGCCAUGGUUGCUGUAUUCUGCAGUUUUUGAUCUACGUAUCCCGCAGUUUUUGAUCUACGUAUCCCAGAGAAAAAUGAUUGAAAGUGCUGAAAAUGUAUACAGAUUGAAAACAUUUUUAAAUUGACUUUUGUAAAGGACGUGAGAAAUUGUGCGCUGUGCUUUUUUUGUGAAUUUAUCACAAGUGUGUCGGUAUUACUGAAUAUAUAUUCGAGUUUUACCAUUUAAUAAAUAUAAUAUUUAGAUUAACAAACCAUCUUCUAGCGACUAUUUUAACAAUAUGUAUAAGUAUCUUUGAACUGCGUUGCGCGAGACUAACUCCGUAUCUUUCCUCUAUUCGAUGCCCAUAUGCUAGUGGAUCCGUAUGCAUAUACUACAAGGGAAUUAGGUAGGAUGUAUAAGUAUAUUUGCACUAACGUCUGGUUAUUUGGAUUAGAAUUUUGAUUCACAUAGCUGUGUAUAAACGUGCUUGGUAACUAAGGUCAGCAUAUGAACACGAAGCCCACAAAACGGUAUUGGUAAGAUAUACAAGGCAUGUCAUACUUGUAACUCUGCUAUGGAUUCAAGAAAGGUUUUAAUUCUCUUUUGUCUUUUUUCCCUUUCGUCCAGUAUGUUUAGACGAAGAAGUCCCCAAACUGAUACUGCAAUAAGACGUCCUGGUACCUGGGGUCGAGCUUCAUUUGAGCGUGCCGUGAGAGACGAGGAAAUACCUGAAGAUGAGAAUUCGGAUGCAGCGAUUGACAUUGUAGAAGAUUCCAAUGAAGAUUAUUGAUAAAAGGAAUAUCGAUAAUUUUGUUAAAAGUUAUUCCGAAAAAAAUUAAUUCAAAUAAAUAUUGUGGAUUCUGUCUA